CAAUCUGACCUUCCAAGGGAGCUAAAGCAGAAGCACCAACGACAUUUUCAGUGCGUGAGUGAAUGGAAUUCCAGCAGCCGGAAAAGAAGACAGCCCCCUAAUUAAGAUGUCGGAAAAUUUGCGUAUGAAGAAGCAGGCCACACUGAUCGGCUCCACAAAUGUCGUUGUUUGCACAACCCGGAGUCGCCAGCCAAAGAGUGGGCGGUCUUGUGGGAGGAUCCAUGAAGCAGCUAACCGUGAAGGGAUCGAUCGAUCGAUCGGCCAGACAAUGUUAUAUGAGGCGGCAUCGCUGCCUCCUGGGCGCAGUCACAUUGCAAACGGCCAAUGGAGAACCUGCGAGUGCCGCGAUCGCUGCUCCUGCUGCUGGGACUGGGACUGGGACUGGGACUGGUCCUGUGGCCAGGCUCGGUGGACUGCCGGCCCGGUGUUCAGGGAAUGGAGCUGCAGUCACACUACCUAAAGGCAGUCACUGCCUACCGUCGGCUGGAGAGGAUCCUGCCCAGACACGAGCUGAGAGCACUCACGGGAAUUGGAGUACUGAAUGGAGCGCGGCAGGCGGAGGAGCAGAUGGAACAGAACCUGGUGGAGGCCGUUCGGGAAUUGGUCCACCAAACGAACCUCACGGAGAGCAACAUAGUGCUGGCCAAGAUCGAUGCCAUCGAGCAGCAGCUGUCGCGGGACCAGAGAGCCUUGGACAUCCUCGCCCGAGUGAUGGAUGUGAUGGCGCGAGCCAAAGACGACCAUGAGUUCCGGUUGGAGUUAAAGGAGAUGGCCCAACAGCAGAAGGCUGAGGAGCAGCACCAGCAAGAGCUUUCCGCCGACAUCACGGAUCAGCCGCGAUUGGGCGAGAGACUGGGCCAGCUGAGGCUCAACAUACUCAGGCAGGUGCCGCAGAUGAAAACCGAGUUGGAGGCCAAGAUCGAGGGGGCUCUACAGCAUUUACUGGAAACGGCUUCGGAUGAUGGUGUCCUGGCCAAGGCCAAGCAGAAGGUGAUCCGUAAAAGACAGGUCAAAAAGGAGAAUGAUACCGAGUUGGAGGAGCAGCAGCAGCAGCAAAUGCCACAGGAAAUGAGGAUUAUCAAGUCCAUACUCUCGGAGGCUCAUGACUUGCGCUUCCAGGAUGACUUCCAGGAGAAUAUGCUGGAGCAGCGAUCUCCAAGGCAGCUCAAAAUAGAGGCAGUGGAUCCCCCAGAGCUGGAGGAUGAGGAGGUGACCAGCAAGAAGUCGCCAAAUGUUACAGCCAAAGGUAAAGCCAGAGUGAGUGCCAAGCCCGAGAAGCAGGAGACGGAUGUUGCUGGCUCAGGAUCUUCGGAGCUGGCCAAGGAUGACGCAGAUGACGAUGGCGAGAUGGAAGGUGCAGACGGGGCAGGAGCUGGAGCCGGUGGCGGUGGUCUGGUGGGGCUCAUUGGCAGCCUGAGCGGUGGUGAAGGUGGCUCGGAUGUGGGCGCUCUAAUAGGAGCCCUCACAGGCGUUGUUUCCACCUUGUUUGGGCCCGGUGGCCUGGACAUUCAGGGUCUAAUACAAAGCUCUACCUCGCUGAUCUCGGGACUUCUUGGUGGCAACAAGAACUUUGGCCUGGUUUUGGGCAGAUAUGUGGGCACAGCCUUGGACGGUCUAUCAGGAGGUGGUGGAGCGAUUGCCAAUGGCCAGUUUCUGGGCAACUUUCUGGGCACCGUGGUGGCUGCAGCCAGCGCAGAUCCCGAGGAGGAGGGACCCCCGCAACCGCUGACCUUUACCAAAAACCUCAUCACCAGCUUCCUGGAGGCCAAUUUCCGGCCCAACUCGGAGGAGGGUUCCGAGGAGCGCCAUGGCAGCGCAGAGCUACCCCGCCCUCGCAAGAAGAAGGAGGGCGGCGGCUGGGCAGCUGCGGCGGCCAGUCACUUUGAUUCUGGAGGAUUCGUCAAGCAGGUGGCCUCACACCUGGUGAGCAAUGCCCUUGGGCUGAUAUUAAACGCCGGCCUGGGUGCCUCCGGUGGAGCCUCGGGGGCUGUCAAGGGUAUCCUGGCCAGCAGCAGCAGUGGCCAUCAUGCCAAGCCGGCGGAUCAUCAUCGAUCCUGGUCGCCCCACACCGACGACUUUGAGCCAUUCUAAAAGCCAC